AUGGGAAGCGAGAGUUGGGAGAAUCAAGGUUCCAGCCAGAACCGGGGGAACAAGAAGAAGUCCAUCAGACCAUCUGGGCUUCCUAGAGGGAAAGUGGUAAAAUGGAGAGUUUCAGGAGAUGUAGAGAAGAAUCAAGAGGGGGAGAAACCCGUAGAAGGGACGUCUCAGCUCUGUACACGCCUUGAAAAACAGAGUGGAAGCAUGAGUUUGGUUACUUCAGUUCAGAGCCCUGAAACCUGCACCCUGGGUCUGAACCCCUCUCCCACCAUCACAGCCUGGGAGGCUGGCUGGAACAUCACCAAUGCUAUACAGGGUAUCUUUGUGCUGGGUUUGCCCUUCGCCCUGGUGCAGUCAGGUUAUGUGGGUCUGGUCCUGUUGGUUCUUUCAGCGUGGGUCUGUAACCACACAGGAAGAACCCUGGUGUCCUGUUUAUAUGAAGAAGAAAUGAGUGGUGGGUCUGGGUCAGUUUCAAAGGUCCGGGUCCGAACCAGCUAUCAGGACAUUAUGGAGGCCUGCUGCAAAGGACUGUGGCCGAAUUGGUCUGGAGUUGGAGGUCUGAUGGUAAAUGUAGCUCAGGUCAUUGAACUUUUGAUGACCUGUACCCUCUAUCUACUCGUCUCUACAAGCCUGUUGUUUGACAGUUUGUCCUGGGUGGCUGUUCCUCGAUCAGUGUGUUCACUCGUGUCUCUGGUGUUUCUUCUGCCCUGUCUGCUUCUGACUGAUCUCAGACCAGUUUCCACUCUCAGCCUCCUCUGUUCCCUGGCUCACAUACUUAUCAGCCUAUUGGUCAUGCUGUACUGUUUGAGUUGCGCCAGCAGCUGGUCUUGGUCCUCUCUGUCUCUCUCUGUGGAUCCAGAGGACUUCCUCGUUUCCGUCGGUGUCAUCAUCUUCUCCUAUACCUCGCAGAUCUUCCUCCCUCCUCUAGAGGGUAGUAUGGAAGACAGGGGACAGUUUAAUGUCAUGCUGGGGUGGACCCAUGGAGCAGCUUGCAUCAUGAAAACUAUGUUUUCCCUAAUGGCGGUGUUAACCUGGGGACCAGAAACCAGUGAGGUCAUCACAGACAAUCUACCCUCUGACCUACGACCUCUAGUCAAUUUGUGCCUGCUGGCUAAAGCCCAACUGUCCUACCCUCUGCCAUUCUAUGCUGCUGCUGAAAUACUGCAAACAUGUGUGCUCAGAGAUGCUGCCAUGUCGUCUUACUCCAAACACCGAGGUCAAGCUGUAUCUCGUCCUGCACUUGUGGUCCGCGGCGCCUUGUUGAUGACAUCAUACUUGCUGGCUUUGCUGGUGCCCAGGUUCUCCCUGUUGAUGGGUCUGACAGGAAGCGUGACCGGGGCGGCAAUGACACUCAUACUGCCGUGUUUAUUUCACCUUAGACUGCAGUGGAGCCGCCUUACUGUGAAGGACCGACUGAUAGAUGUGGGUAUUCUGAGUCUGGGGGUCAUCUGUAGUGUGUCUGGUGUGAUUUGUUCAGUGAAAAGGCUACUGGAAGGCCUAUAG